UGCUGUGAUUACCUGUGGCGCAGGUAAAUCCGUUCAGGAUCGAGGGGUGGCGCCGUUAUGUGCGAGUAUCUGCGAUUCCUUCCGCAACCGAAAGAAGGAAAAAACUCCGAUACCUGCCUACACUUGCUGCUGCAUGGACAACACCCGUAAAACCAACUAUUUAAUCGUUUUACUGUGUUUCCGAUACAUGAAACACUAUAUCCAGAGCCGUUUACGCUUUUGGAUAUAAUUAAGAAAUUGUAUCGGAGGUUAAAGAUGGAAUAUCAAAUGGACGACUAGUUAAAUCCUGGAGUUUCACCUGAAGCUUGCAAGAGUUCCUCGAGGAGUCCACACAGGACUGGAAGUUUAUCAAGGGUGUGAUACAGGAAGUACCUUUAAUUCAUAAUGGGGAGCAAAGAGAAAUAUCACUGGCAGACCCAGAAUGUUAAGGUCAGUGGUGUGGAUGACAUGGUCCUCCUCUCCAAAAUCAGUGAAGAAGCCAUCACAGAUAACCUCAAGAAAAGAUACAUGGAUGACUACAUUUUUACAUACAUUGGUCCUGUGCUGAUAUCAGUGAACCCCUUCAAACAGCUACCAUAUUUCACAGAUCGUGAGAUUGAACUUUAUCAGGGAGCCGCACAGUAUGAGAAUCCCCCCCACAUCUACGCUCUGGCCGACAAUGUGUACCGCAACAUGAUGAUUGACUCAGAGAACCAGUGUGUCAUUAUCAGCGGAGAGAGUGGAGCGGGAAAGACAGUGGCAGCCAAGUACAUUAUGAGCUACAUCUCUAAAGUCUCUGGAGGUGGGCCUAAAGUUCAGCAUGUUAAAGACAUCAUUCUCCAGUCUAACCCGCUCCUGGAGGCUUUUGGGAAUGCCAAAACUGUCCGCAACAACAACUCUAGUCGCUUUGGAAAAUACUUUGAAAUACAGUUCAGCCGAGGAGGAGAACCAGAUGGUGGAAAGAUCUCUAACUUCCUACUGGAAAAAUCCAGAGUAGUGUCUCAGAACCAUGGGGAAAGGAAUUUCCAUAUAUACUACCAGCUCUUGCAAGGAGCCACCAAGGAACAGAGAGAGAAUUUAGGCGUCACAACCCCUGAUUACUACUUCUACUUAAACCAGUCCAGCACCUACACUGUGGAGGACGUCAAUGACAAGAAGGAGUUUGAAGACACAAUGGCUGCCAUGUCUGUGGUCGGCCUUUCUGUGGAUGCACAGGAUACUGUGCUGCAGAUUGUGGCAGCAAUCCUCCAUCUUGGAAACAUCGCUUUCAGAGAGGAGGGCAAUUAUGCUGUGGUGGAGAGUGAAGACUUCCUGGCAUUCCCGUCAUACCUUUUGGGAAUCAAUCAGGAUGGUCUAAAGAGCAAAUUGACCAGUCGCAUCAUGGACAGCAAGUGGGGUGGCAAGACGGAGACUAUUUCGGUCACCUUAAACACGGAGCAGGCCUCCUUCACUCGAGACGCCCUGUCUAAAGCACUGUAUUCUAGACUCUUUGACUACUUGGUUGAUGCCAUAAACAAGGCAAUGCAGAAAGACCGUGAGGAUUUAAACAUUGGAGUUCUGGACAUCUAUGGCUUUGAAAUCUUUCAGAAAAAUGGAUUUGAACAAUUCUGCAUUAACUUUGUGAAUGAAAAACUGCAGCAGAUUUUUAUUGAGCUCACACUAAAAGCAGAGCAGGAAGAGUACGUGCAAGAGGGAAUCAGAUGGACCGCCAUUGAGUACUUUAACAACAAAGUUGUAUGUGAUCUAAUUGAGUCCAAAGUGAAUCCUAUUGGCAUCAUGAGCAUCUUGGAUGAUGUGUGUGCCACCAUGCAUGCAAAAGGAGAGGGUGCAGACCAGACUCUGCUGCAAAAGCUGCAGUCACAAAUUGGCACUCAUGAGCAUUUCAACAGCUGGAACAAAGGUUUCAUAGUGCACCACUACGCAGGCAAGGUGUCUUAUGAUGUGAGCGGCUUCUGUGAGAGGAACAGGGAUGUGCUGUUCAGUGACAUUAUCGAGCUCAUGCAGAGCAGUGAGUUCGCCUUCAUCAAAGAUCUGUUCCCAGAGAACCUUGAGGCUGAGAAAAGGGGCCGUCCCACCACUGCAGGUUCAAAGAUUAAGAAACAAGCAAAUAAUCUUGUCCAGACGUUAAUGAAAUGCACCCCACACUAUAUUCGGUGCAUCAAGCCCAACGAGACCAAAAAGCCUCGCGACUGGGAGGAAAGCCGUGUCAAACACCAGGUGGAAUAUCUGGGACUGCGAGAGAACAUCCGUGUGCGCAGGGCCGGCUACGCCUUCCGACGUGUCUUCAAGAAAUUCCUGCAAAGAUAUGCCAUCUUGACCAAAGAAUCAUGGCCCCAGUGGCGUGGAGAUGAGAAACAGGGUGUCCUGCACCUUUUAAAAUCUGUCAACAUGGACUCUGACCAGUACCAGCUGGGCAAGACCAAAAUCUUCAUCAAGGCCCCAGAAUCUUUGUUCCUGCUGGAGGAGAUGAGGGAAAGAAAAUACAAUGGAUAUGCUCGGGUAAUCCAACAAGCCUGGCGCAAACACAUCGCUGUGCGCAAGUAUGUCCGCAUGCGAGAGGAAGCGUCUGACCUCCUGUUGAACAAGAAGGAGAGACGAAAGAACAGUCUGAAUCGCAAUUUCAUGGGAGACUACAUCGGCACGGACAACCAUCCGGAGAUUCGGCAGUUUGUGGGUCGUAGGGAGAGGAUUGACUUUGCUGAUGUGGUGGUCAAAUACGACCGUAGAUUUAAGACUGUCAAGCGUGACCUCAUUCUCACCCCUAAGUUCCUCUAUCUGAUUGGACGCGAGAAGGUGAAACAGGGUCCUGAGAAAGGCCAGAUCCAGGAGGUCUUGAAGAGGAAGAUUGAGGUGGAGAAGAUCCAGUCUGUCUCUCUAAGCACACUUCAGGAUGACCUCUUCAUACUGCACGAGGAUCAAUAUGACAGUGUUCUGCAGUCUGUCUUUAAAACGGAGUUCCUCAGUCUGCUGUACAAGCGUUAUGAGGAAAAAACACGGAAAAAGUUGCCACUCAAGUUCAACAACCUACUUGAAUUUAAGGUGAAGAAAGGGGGAUGGGGUCCAUUUGCAUCUGCUGGCUCUCGACAGAUCCAGUUUCAGAUGGGUCAGGGGGACGAUGCAGUUCUGAAGCCGAGCAGUAAGGUCCUGACUGUCAGUAUUGGCCCCGGUUUGCCUAAAAACGCAAGACCAACACGGCGUGACAACCGAAAGAGCAGGUACAUGGGCAACCAGAAUCGCAAUGUAGGCCAGAAUUCACGUGAAGCUCCCAAGUCCAAAUCUGAUGGUCGAGGUAGAGGAACCCAAGGGCAGCCCGCCAUUAGGAACUCUCUGCUCCGUCAGCAGUCCAGUAUGGAUCAGCCCACCCUUCCCCGACUCCAGGGAUCUCGCCGCGGUCAGCAGGAGAGCCAGAUCUACACUGAUAUGGGCUUCAUGAGUGUUCCUGAUCAAGGCGUGGCAGGGAUGCAUCGCAGACGUUCGAAAGAGUACAAGCCUCUCCCAGGGUCAGGGCGACCCAAACCCAGACCCCGCACCCCACAAUGCAGAGCACUCUACGCUUAUGAUGCUCAAGACACAGAUGAGCUCAGCUUUCAAACAGAUGAAAUCAUAGAUAUCCUAAGUGAAGACCCCUCAGGUUGGUGGCUAGGCCGUCUUCGAGGAAAGGAAGGCAUGUUUCCUGGCAACUACGUUGAGAAGAUCUAAACUGGCAUGCUAUUGGACAAAAUGUGAUUCAUUGCAGAAAUUAGAUCAAGAAGAACAAAGCAUCAGCAUUAUAUCAAAGCAGCUCGGUGCCAAAUCAUAUCCCCAAGUGCAUGGAUGUUUACUGCAAAAGGUGCCACUCUGACAAAUAUUCAGUAGGAUCCUUCUUUAGACCCCCUGAUGAACUUUUAUGUGAUUUAAUUUUUUUAUAGAAAGUAAUAUUAGACAUGCAUGUAGAAGAAAAACUAUAAUGUUGUUUCACUAUAGGUUUUUAAAUGUUUUUGGAGAAUAGAAUGAAUACAUCAGUAUUUUAAUGUACUGUAUUCUACUGAAGUUGUAUUUUUUAAAUAUCCAAAUUCUUCUUUUUUAAUGAUAUUGUGCAAUUGUAUAAAAUCAGAAAAGCUGUUUUCAGAUACUCGGAGAACAAAAAUAAAAUGGAACCUUUUUUGGUUAAUUUUUCCAUUAUAA